AUGGAGAAUGACAUUAAGGAACUGAUGUACUUUGAAAUUGACUAUGCCAGAGUGACAAAGAAGGAGAUGCUGGACUGUGUCAAAGAUAAUGCUUGGCAGAACAGCUUUAUCUGCCCACCGCUGGCAGAAAUGCAACAAAUUACUCAGACAACAGCAGAAUCCAUCAGGGACUCAAUCAUUGGAAUUGUCAGCUCCUUCAACCUGUUUUUCCCAUCCACUAUGAGCAGACCAACUCUGAUGCCCUCCUGUGUGGCUUUCUGUACCAUUCUCUUCCUCACCUUGGCUACAGGAUGUGGAGCUUUCCCAAAGGUGGAAAGGAGGGAGACAGCACAUGAAUAUGCAGAGAAAGAGCAGUCCCAGAAGAUGAACACAGAUGACCAAGAAAACAUCUCCUUUGCUCCAAAGUACAUGCUGCAGCAGAUGUCCUCUGAAGCUCCAAUGGUACUAUCUGAAGGACCUUCAGUGAUACCAUUACAUAAAGUAUUCUCAGUCGACAAAGAGAGUCACCUUCCAGGAGCUGGGCUUCUGCAUCCUACCAGCCCUGGUGUUUACUCUUCCAGUGAGCCUGUGGUCUCAGCCAGUGAACAAGAACAUGGCCCUAGCCAGCUUGAAACAAUGUCUUCUGAGCACAGCCUUUCCAAGGCCAUGUUAACUCUUGCUGUAUCUCCACUUGCUUCUCUGAAUCCUGACCAGGAGGGGCCCUAUAACAGUUCUAGCACCCAGCCUAUUGUAGAAGCAGUCACAGAUGUAACACAUAGUUCCCUGGAGUAUUUAGACAACCAGUUAUUUGCAGCUAAAAGUCAGGAAGCAGUUAGCUUAGGAAAUUCACCUUCUUCCUCUAUAAAUACCAAAGAACCUGAGAAAAUCAAAGCAGAUGCAGCAGCCAUGGGAACUACUGCCUUUCCUGGUGCUGAUUCUACAAGAGACACAGAGCCUGAUAAGGAGAGGCCCUCAGAGAUGGCAGCUGAUGAUGGCCAGAGCACUACCACCAAGCAUUUGGUGACAGUCCCCAAGAAUGUCCUGACUAUUGAGCCAACAGCUGGCAGUAUUUUAGGGGGCCCUAAGGUCACAGUGAGUGUCAGCACAGCUGGCCCAGUCUCUUCUGUCUUCAGGGAGGAGUGGGAUGACACCACAUUUGAGAACAUAAGUCAGGGGAGGCCCCCAGAGCCAGGAGACAAUGCAGGGACUCAAGUGAGAACAAAGCCACCACAUGGGACCUAUGAGAGCUUUGAGGGGACUGAGGAAAGCCCCCCUUCCACAGCAGUUAUAAAGGUGGCUCCAGGGCUCCUGGGAGGAGAACCAGCCUUGGGAACAGCCCUGGUGACUGCACUGGGGGAUGAGAGGUCACAAGUCUUGACCCAUCAAACUUCCUUCACUCCCAUGAGUCUGGCAGGAGACCCUGAAGUUUCCACCAUGAAGCUGUUCCCAAGUGCAGGAGGCUUAGGAGCCUCCACAGGAGGGGACAAGACCCAGCUCUCCUCAGAGACUGCAGUUUCUACCUCUCAGUAUGAGUCUGUGCCACAGCAGGAAGCAGGAAAUGUGUUAAAAGACAUCACUCAAGAGAUGACAAUGGCCACUCAAGAAACAGAUGCCACAUUACCUGUGGUGACACACGAGCAUAUGGCCACCAUUGAGAGUCCCAGAGGCAGUGGGGAGCCUGAAGAGGGCACGCUGUCCUCUCUUGUGUCUGCUGAUGCUGAGCUGUCCAGAAGAUGGGAGUCUCUGGCCAUGACAGCCUCCACCACUGUUGUCCCAUUGUCUCUCAAACUUACCUCUUCCAUAGAAGGUCAGUAG